UCGUCUUCCCAACCUUCUUCUUUUAGCAGUGAGCUGAGCUUUAAUUCAAAUGGCCGUUGCGGUCGGCAACUGCUGCUUCUCUGCACUCACCUCCUCCGUUAAAUUCCGUUCUUCUGUUUCCAUCCAACCCUGCUUCGCCAGGUCGCUUUGGUCAAGCAAUGGCCACGCUCUUAAACCUGUUAGUCAAAGCAAGAGAGAAAGAGCUUCCAAUUCAAGAAAAGGCUCAUCGUCGUCAUCUGCUAAAUCCCAACCAGAGAAAGAAGCUGUUCCCAAUAAGUUGAGCGGAAAUGGUGAUAGAUGGAGUGUUACUGGUAGAGGGAAGAAGGGACAGUCUCAACCAACGGCUUAUAGAUCAUUUGGAACGCAAAGAAAAGAGAAGAAAGAUUUUGCAGUUGAUCAAAAAGAGCAACAGGUUGAACCGAGGAGCCUUCAGGAUGCUGAUUUUCUUAAUGCUGUCGUUAAGGUUUACUGCACCCAUACCGCGCCUGACUACUCCCUUCCCUGGCAAAAACAAAGACAAUAUACAAGUACAGGCAGUGCUUUUAUGAUUGGUGACGGGAAACUCUUAACAAAUGCCCACUGUGUUGAGCAUUAUACUCAGGUUAAAGUGAAGAGAAGAGGGGAUGAUACCAAAUAUGUGGCUAAGGUUUUGGCCAGAGGUGUUGAUUGUGAUAUAGCUUUACUUUCAGUAGAAAGUGAGGAAUUUUGGAAAGGGGCAGAACCACUCCAAUUGGGAAGCUUGCCACAUCUUCAGGAAGCAGUGACUGUUGUAGGAUAUCCCCUUGGAGGAGAUACCAUUUCAGUAACAAAGGGGGUUGUAUCGCGUAUAGAGGUUACGUCAUAUGCUCAUGGGUCAUCUGAUUUGUUGGGCAUUCAGAUUGAUGCAGCAAUAAAUCCUGGUAAUAGUGGUGGACCCGCAUUCAAUGAUCAAGGGGAGUGCAUUGGUGUGGCAUUUCAGUGAGGAGUGUGAAGACUCUAUAGGAUUGAAACUCUUGGCAAAGGCACGCUACUCUUUGGCUAGGUUCAAAGGGGAACAGAUUGUGAUCUUAUCACAGGUCUUAGCAAAUGAAGUGAACAUAGGGUAUGAGGAUAUGAGCAAUCAGCAGGUUUUGAAGUUAAAUGGAACACAAAUAAGGAACAUUCAUCAUUUGGCGUACCUUGUAGAUUCAUGCAAGGACAAGUACUUAGUCUUUGAAUUUGAAGACAAUUAUAUAACAGUUUUGGAAAGGGAAGCAGCUACAGCUGCUUCUUCCUGCAUUCUCAAAGAUUAUGGGAUACCGUCUGAAAGGUCUUCCGAUCUGUUGGAACCCUACGUGGAUUCACUUGGAGACAACCAAGCAGUCGAUCAGGACAUCGGCGACAGUCCGGUUUCAAAUUUGGAAAUUGGCUUUGAUGGAAUUAUUUGGGCAUAAAUUAUAAUUUGCUUAUAUCCCGGAGGAAUACAAAGUCAUCGGUAGAAAGAUGAUGGUUAUUGCAGGCCAACAAUUAUUUAAAGAUUGGCUCCCCUCUCACGCCAUGACAAGGUGUUCCUCUUUUAUUAUUUACUUUGAGUUUUUUCAGUUUGGUUUUAUUAGUUAGUGUAACAAUUUUCCUCAUCUGUUAGAAUCUAAUAAUUUGUAUCCAUAAGUUUGCUUCAGUCAGCUGGCAAUCAAUUCUUGUAAUUUAUU